AAGUCAAUCUGUUCGGGUUGCUCGACGUGGAAGGUUCGUUGCGCGCGCGGAAAAACUGAAAUCUGAAAAUCUCGGAAAAGCGUUUCGCUACAGCAGAAGGCGAGUGCAUUUCCUCGACCUGCGAACGCCGGUGCCUAAGGUUGCCAAGAAGCCUCGCAAUUAAAUCUAUUUUCGCCGACAUAAAUACAAAAUACAGAAUAAAAACAAAACGCAUUCGCUGGCAAAUCGAUUGCUAAAGGAAUUGAGCACUAUUCGGUGUUAUGUCAUGGAAAUUCUCUGACUGAGUUUCGAAAAAUCUGUGUGAAUUUCAGGCGACCUUUGAAAACUAAGGAAAGAGUAAAUAGUGCUAAUUAUAUUUGGCACAAGCCGCCCUCUCUCUACCACCAACGCGUGUUUUUGGGGCCUUUUGUUUUGUGCGCUCAUAUUUGUAUUCGCAUUUGUAUUCGUGGCCGUGUGCCGCAGUGUGUGUGCGUGUUAGCCGGCAAGUGUAUCUGUGUGUGUUGCCGCGAACAGCUGUUCCCCAGACGACAGCAUGCAGAAGUAAAUACGAGUAAAUACACGUAUAAAGUGGUGCCAAUAAAUCGAAUCCGGAUCCGGGCCAGAGGCCAAUCACAGGCGAAUCGAAUUUAGCCGCAGCAUCCGCACAGAAAUCACCCAUCGACCACCAAAAUGGCGGCCAGGAGCAUCCGGCUGGCGCAGCUUCUGCUCUUCACCCUGCUCUGCGGCCUCGUCGGCCUGUCAGCCGCCAAGCACCUGGACCUGGAGGGGCCGCACCACCACCAGCACCACCAGCACAGCGCCACCACGCACCACCGGCGGCGCCUGCAGCGCGACUCGCGGGCGAAGGACGCGGCGGGCGGCGCGGCCCACCAGUGCGAGGCCGUCAAGAGCUACUUCGAAUCCAUCGACGUCAAGUUGAGCGGGACCUACAGCGAAAAAGGCGCCAUUUGCGGCGAAAGCUGCUGCAACAAUGCCACCGAGCUGGAGCUGCGUGACAAAGCCGCCGGAAAAUUCGAGGAGCUGCUGCACCACCACACCAUCAGCCUCCGCGGAAUCCUCGAGAAGAAUGCCAACCAGUUCCAGAGUCACGUCCUGGAAUUGGCGCAGAUUUCGGAGAACAUGACCCACUCCCUGUUCUCGAAGGUCUACUCCCGCAUGGUGCCGCCCUCCCGGAUGAUGAUCCAUCAACUGUACAACGAAAUCAUGAACCACCUGAACUACGCCUCGAACUACACGAACAGCAAUGGGCAGGUGAGCAGGCGGGGAUUGGGCAGUGACCAGAGCUCGCUGGAGGAGGCUGUGCGGAGCUUCUUCGUCCAGCUCUUCCCCGUGGCCUACCACCAAGUGGUGCACCUCUCGAAGGAGCAGUAUGGCGACCUGCACGAGGACUAUGUCAACUGCCUGCAGCACAACUUCGACGAGCUGCAUCCCUUCGGGGACACGCCGCGCCAGCUGCAGGACAGCCUGGGCAGGGGAGUCUACAUGUCCAACGUCUUCAUGAACGCCCUGCUCCAGGCCGCCGAGGUGCUCAGCGAGGCCGACGCCCUCUAUGGCAAGCAGCUGACGGACACCUGCAAGAUGCAGCUCCUCAAGAUGCACUACUGCCCCCACUGCAGUGGCCACCACGCGAAGAGCGAGACCAUCCUCUGCGACGGCUACUGCAAGAACGUGAUGCGCGGUUGCUCGGCGGAGUACGCUGGUCUGCUGGACGGCCCCUGGUCGAGUGUGGUGGAUGCCCUCAACAACCUGGUGACCACCCAUCUCCUCUCGGACAACGGCAUCAUCAACGUCAUCAAGCGCCUGCAGACGUACUUCUCCGACGCAAUUAUGUACGCCAUGAACAACGGUCCUGACUUGGAGCAGAAGGUGAAGAAGACCUGCGGCACGCCCAGCCUGACGCCCUAUUCGUCCGGAGAUGCGGAGGCACGACCUCCGACCCACAAGAACGUCAAGUGGGCCACCGACCCGGAUCCCGACAUGGUCAUCUUCCUCUCCACCAUCGACAAGAGCAAGGAGUUCUACACGACCAUCGUGGACAACUUCUGUGACGAGCAGCACUCCCACGAGGAUCGCUCCUGCUGGACAGGCGACCGCUUCGGGGACUACACCCAGCUGCUGAUCAACCCGGGAACCGACAGACAGCGAUACAAUCCCGAGGUGCCCUUCAACUCGAACACCCAGGCCAGCCAGUUGAACGAGCUGGUGGACAAGCUCAUCAAGAUCCGCAAGAACAUCGGAGCUGCGGCACCUUCGAACAGCAUACAGGCGUCGCACGACAUCCAGAAUGACAUGGCAGAGGGCUCCGGCGGCGGGGAGGGCCAGAUCGGCGACGACGAGGAGGAGUACGGGGGCGCACAUGGUUCCGGAGAUGGUUCCGGCGAUGGAUCCCACACGCCCAUCGAGGACACCGAGGGCACCACGACCAACGAAGUGGAGUCGCGCGACAGCGGCAAGACCAGCGGGUCCAACCCACUGGAGGCCACCGCGACGUGGAUGCUCCUCACCCUAGUCACAAUGCUCUUCAGUAGCUGUAGUUAAGGAUGCUGCCCCAGCCGAGGGAGCAGACACAAAUGCAAAAAGGAGCGAAAGGAAGGAGGCACAACAAGAGCAACAGCAAAUGCACAAGAAUCGAGUUAAAUCAUUAAAUAAUAACUAUUAUCAUUAUUAUUAUUAUUUGUGUAAUUCUUAAGUUGUUACAAGUAAUUUAUUAGGCCCUAAGCGCAUUCAUCUAGCAAUCGACUAACAAUCUACACAGAAGCGAAACUUGAAACUUGAAACGGGAAACCCUCGAAGCGCACCUCCCCUUCUAGCUUUUCCAAAUUCAGAGCCCAUCGAAUUUCCAUGCCGAAUCCAACUAGACUUGUGUGCCAUAUAAACGAGUUGGAUUCGUUGCAUACGAAUCGAGCAGUGGCUAAACAUAAACUAUACGAAAACUAAACAAAAUAGGCUCAAGCCCCAGCAUAAACCUUCCAUAGAGUGUGCAGUUUGUUCGGAUACAUGUUAAUACUUACACAUAGCGUACGGUACAGUAAAGCUCAAUGUUCAAAGCAAGUUGUUCCUUUUUCGGUGUAAUAGGCAAGUAAACAGAGGCGGAAUCGGAGGCGUGGCACCACUUUCAACGGCUAGUUCUCGGACCGAUCACAAAACAAAACAAACAUUAUACGUAAAGGAUAUAAAUCUGUUAGCUGUAGCCUCAGUGAAUGUUAAACUAAACGAAACGAAACGAAUUAUUGUUGUCUACACCUUCGAACUGAAAUUGAUCAAUUGGGUAAUCGACGCGAGAUGCAUACGAAUGGAAUUUAGUUGAGUAAACGCACUUUACGGAAAAACUAGAAGACUUACAGCUUUAUACGCAAAUGAAAAAUCGAAGAAACACAGAAAACAGAAAGCGAUGAAAAUCUAUUGAUAUAUACGUAUAUUAUAUGGUAGCAUUAUUUAAAUUAUGUGAACAAAGAGGGAAGACCUUGGGGAAAUGUCAUGAAAUGCAUUCAGCUAAUUAGAGUUUACAGAGCACUUGGAGUUCUGGCAGAAAGUGCAGAGAUGCAGAGUUCAGCGCACAAUUUGCAUAUUCGCAAUCUGCAAUUUCAAUCGAAACUAUUGUUGCAAUCUAUCGGAUACUUUACAGUGGGGCAGAGCGCUGCUGAAUCAAAUCCAGAGAGCAGCGCUGGCGACACUCUAAAACACAAAUAAAUAUAUAUAUACAAAUGAAUAUGAAAUAUGCAUUGAUACGAGUACGGCGCCAGCGAUAAGAAUGAAGUCUAUAUAUAAACAAAUAUAUAUAUAAAUAUAUAUAUACACAUAAAUGAAUUAACUAAUUAAAUCGUAAUUAUAUGCUAGUGCGUAAACUGUAACGAUUAGCCCGUAACGUGUAAAAAGCAAACAGUUGACCGAUAACAACAAAUUUAGUUAGUAGCAAAUUAACAAAGGCAAGUGCCAACUGGCGGCGCAUCCAUCAAAUUGGCAAAUUAUAUCGCAAAUACACUGCGGUCCGCUGGGAUCGCUGGUGUGCGGACGCGCUGGUUGAACUAUGUAUAAUUAUUAUUUGUAUCAUUAUUAUUUAACUAUUGCAUGUGAUUAAUAAUAUUUAAGUUAAACGUAAACGCAACAUAUUAAAUUGUAACUUAUGUAUACCGCAAAGCAGACGCAGAGUGCGAGCGAGAAUCAUCGUUGUAAAUCUAUUCGGAGAUAACCAAUGCGAAACGAAAUUGCACUAAAAAUAAAUGUACUACUUUUAGAUGCCUAAAAACCAAUAAAUAAUUAUGUAACAAAAAA